GUUUUUUGCUCAAGAAAAAAGUUACUUUGUUGUAAUUUAAUUUCAGACAGCCUUCAGCAUCUUUCUGCAUUUAAUUUAAACUGAAAGCAUGGAGGGACUAUGAAACGUACACAACAAAAAUGUUGAAGAAUAUGCCUAGGUUAACAAGGCUCUUACUAAGAUUGCCUAAAACAAACAAUUACAACAUACAUCAACCAAAAAUUUUAGUUUGCAGACAUUUUGGUCAGCCAGUGGCAUUAACUCAUCCACAUCUGUUAAAUGAUGGUGAAGUAACUCCUGGGAUAACUAAACUAGAAUAUCUCACACGUAGAGUGAACUUGGUUGAUAAAGCUAUCAAUCUGUAUAAACAAGUUCAGGUCUCCAACCAUAUCUUUAUCAUACCUGGAGCAGUAAAAUCUUAUAUGACGAAUGAUAUUCCUUAUCCGUUUCACCAACAGACAGACUUUUUAUAUUUAUGUGGUUUCCAGGAACCAGGCAGUGUUCUUAUUUUGGAAUCUGCAAAAGGCAAAGCUAAUAAUCAUACCUCAACUCUUUUUGUCCCUGAGAAAAAUCCAGAUAAAGAAUUAUGGGAUGGACCUCGAUCUGGAAAAGAUGGUGCCUUGACUGUUACUGGUGUAGAUAGCACACACAAUAUAAGUGAUUUAGAGAAAUAUCUUUAUGAUUUUAGUAAAUUUAAUCCAGGAUUUGUUUUGUGGUAUAGGUUUGAUAAGCCAUCCAAUGUUACUGUCCAUAAUGCUAUUUGUCAUGAAUUCAUGAUAGAGCCAAAAUAUCGCAGUCUGGAAGAUCCCACUCGUUUGUGCCAACAACUAAGAUCUAUUAAAUCUCCAGCAGAAAUUGACUUAAUGCACAAAUCUGCUGAAAUUUCUUCAGAAGCCUUUAUUGACGUCAUGAAAUUUUCCAAACCUGGGGUAAAUGAAUCAGCGUUGUAUGCUAAGAUGGAUUUUGAAUGUAGAAUACGUGAAGCUGAGAUAUUGGCCUACCCACCAGUUGUAGCAGGAGGAAAUAGAGCCAAUAUUAUCCACUAUAUUAACAAUGAUCAGAUUAUUAAUGAUGAAGAAUUAGUAUUAAUGGAUGCUGGGUGUGAAUAUCAUGGUUAUGCUAGUGAUAUUACAAGAACUUGGCCAGUCUCAGGAAAAUUUACUCUGGCCCAGAAACAACUAUACAAUGCUGUAUUAAAUAUUCAACUAUCAUGUAUUCAACUAUGUACAGUACAGUUUUCAUUAGAUCAGAUAUAUCAUGCUAUGUUAACAUUAAUUGGUGUACAGUUACAACACAUUGGUCUGUUAGACUCACAGUUAAAAUCAACUCAAUUAAUGAAGGCUGCCAAAGAAUACUGUCCACAUCAUGUUAGUCAUUAUUUAGGUAUGGAUGUACAUGAUACAGGUGAAAUAUCUCGUAGUAUUAAUCUUCAACCUGGUAUGAUAGUUACAGUUGAACCAGGUAUUUAUAUCAAUAAAAAAAAUAAAACAGUCCCAUAUGAAUUUCGAGGUAUUGGUAUUAGAAUAGAAGAUGAUGUUUUAGUCACUGAUAGUAAACCUAUAGUACUAACUGAUGGCUGUCCUAAAACAGUAGAUGAUAUAGAAAGUAUUAUGGCUAGUAAUUAAGUAUAAAAUGAUGUUUGUAAAACUUAAAGGGAUUUUAAAGAGGUUUUUU